CGCAAACAUAAUACAUCACUUUGGGUAGUAUUUUGUAUGUUUGGAUAACCAUUUAAAAAGGAAAAUACCAUCUAGACUUACUAAAUAUAAAAUCGUUCUGGAUUUACAGAUACAAAUCUGUGUUAUAAACGCUAAGUGGAGACAAAUAUGAUCUUGUUUGAGGGCGUCAAGUGUCUAAUCGCAGUGCUUCUGUUCAAACACAUUUCCGCCACCACAUGUGGAGAUAUACAGUCGUCAGUGUCAACUAUAUCGCGGCGACUGUUUACAACAGAGUCGUUCUAUGUAGAAACAUUCCCUACGUUUUACCAGUGUGCUGCAGCAUGCUUACACUUCAGUCUGUGCAAAUCCGUAACCUUUGAUCAAGAAAGAAGGAAAUGCUAUCUGAAUCAACAUGAAUACAGCUCUGUGGCUGGUGUUAAUGUCAGGAACAAGAUGUACUACGUUAACUCUACGGAUAUCCCUCAGUUUCUGGCAGACGUCUGCAGAGGACACAAUUGUUCCGUCUACGAUCGAUGCAUUCCGACCUCGAGAAAGGAUCACAUGUGCUUGCCUUUCCCUCAAAGGCAAUGGGCAUGCCACCAUUGGACGGACGUAGAAGGAGCCAUUCUUGAUAAAGAUUAUCAUAGUGAGGCGGUCGCAGAAACGGGUUUGUGAGAGCGAAGAGCAUCGUAGCUUCUACGGAUCAGGUCAACUGAAACCAAAGGGGUGUGGCUUAUGUUUCUGUUGUAAACUCGUCUUCACAUUUUAACAACAUCGGUCCGAAUUUGGAACAGUUGUAGUAGUCCUCGGCCGAUGAAUCCUGCCACUGUCAAUAUGAAAGUGAAAACCAAAUCAUGUUCUGAAUGUCCCAUACAAGGAUAAAGAAGCUGUUCUGACUCAAACCAGAUGUUGACUGCCAGCAUUCUGCUUACAGCAAAGACCCCCAACGAGUUCCACUAUUAUCACAUCCGGAACGGGUCUUACCCAAAAGGUUGAGAAGCGAAGUCCUGACCAAGUGUUGCAUUUUGUCGUGAUGCUCCGCAAUCCAUCAAUUUAUAAACUUCUUCGUAAAUUCUGCCGGUAGAAUGCAGCUCAAACAUGCCAGGAAUGUUACUCCGGUGGUCCUCAGAAAGGUUGAUUUUCAACAUUGUUGUCCAAAAUCUAUAUAUCAUUGUUCUCAGUCGCUAUACUGCUACUGUAUGAUACACUUGUAAUGAAGUUUUUUAAGUCAGGUGAUUGAUAAGGCCUGCGAGUCUUUUAUCGAUUAUCGAGUCUGACGUUCGAUAGAAAAUUCGUUUACUCGGGAUGUAGCAUUUUAUGAGUGGUUCAUGUCACAUAAACAAAUGAACGCUGACAAAUGAUAUGGUAAUAGUCGUUUUUAUUAGCAUUGGUAAUAAGUAUUUUUCGUAAACUUGCAUAAAUUUGAUAAAUUAGAAUAUAGUUGAACUAAAUGAGAAAUAUAUGCCUUUAGAAAUGGCAUGAUAUCUCCUUCUUAUGUAUAUAGCGUCCGUGUUAUUGGUGAAAUAAAUAAAUUAAUAUAUUUUUUAAAAUUUUUCAACGUGUGUUUUUUCAUCAACGCUAUGACCAAACACCACCAAAACCAGCAGACAACAAUCGGUUUCCAACCUAGAUAUGUCGGCUAUAUUUGACGUCAUUGACUAUGGUAUACUUUUCAAACGUCUAGGGUACUCUUAUGGAGUGACUGGUGAUGCACUACUUUGGAUCCAAUCCUGCCUGAGAGAACAAGAGUACGUGGCCAAUAGAUCACCUGUUUCGGACAACAAAACCUUAGACUUCGGUAUUGCCCAGGGGCCUAUACUGGGACAAAUAAAAUGCUGUCUUUAUUCUAAACCAAUCGGGGAAUCCGUCGUCGUAGCAUUCAGUACCAUUGUUAUGCCGACGACAUGGCUAUCAGACAGAAAGACAGCCGGCACACAAUAACAGCAAGUCUAGAAGUAUGUCUAAAUGACAUCAGUACUUGGAUGAUCUCCAAUACGCUCAAGCUAAAUCAGCAAAAAGGACAGAACUAAAAGUAUUGUCCCAUAUCUAAAGGCUUCCAGCGAAAGACUGAUGCCCAAACUAAUGAGGCGGUCCAAGCUAUGAUAAACCUUCGAGUACACUUUGAUUGCUCCCUGAACAUGGAGAAAUAGGUAAACGAUUUCGCAAGUAUUUGUUUAACAGGCAAUUCCUCGCCACAGAUACAUGCAAGACAUUGGUACAUUCGCUUGUUACUUCUCGAUUAGACAAUGCUUUGCUUUUUGGUGUCUCUGAUGUACCGAUUAGUCGCAUGCAGACAGUAUAGAGCACUGCAGCACAUCUGGUUUCGUGUACUCGAAAGAGGGAACACAUCACACCAGUGCUCUAUUCAUUGCAUUGGCUACCUGUACAUUUCAGGUCACAGUACAAGAUUUUGAUGUACAUAUACAAGGCAAUAAAUGGAACAGCUCCGGAGUAUUUACAAGGACCUGUCACUCUCUACCAGCCGAUAGAAUCUUUGUCAUGCAUUCCAAACACUCAUACUGUGACUUAUGGUAAGCGGUGUUUUUGAAAGGUGGCGGUCACAGCUUACUAUCUGUUACCAGGAAGUCCAAAACCUUGGCGAAAUUCAAGGUUAAAACUCGCUUGUUUACGAUUGCUUUUUAGAGUCUCUUCCAGAGGUCGUGUACACAUUAUCAUCUAACUGCUCGAUUUACGACUUAAACAUAGGAAUAGAACUAUUCAUUAUAUCAGUAUCGAUACGCGCAUAGAAACACAACAAACGUAUAUAUCUUGGUACAUGAAUGGAAUCGGUCAUUUUUGUUAAUUUCGCUGAAUUCUUUAGUUUUUCAUUACACACCGAGAAGGCAUUAAGUUAACCAGACAUAGGUAUGUGUGUGGCUAUCCCGUGUAGACGUAUUCCAGGUGUGUCGAGCUUUGCCAUUCAGACCAAACGUUCGUCGGCUAGUCAACUUUGUAAUUGCUGUAAUUUUCAUUUAAGUGUAUUUCCCUGUUACUAAUAAACACUUGUCAUUUGUUGAUAUCGUAUAACUAAUAACUAAUAACUAUCAUAAGUAUAUACUCUUGAAUAAUUCCGUUAUCAUAUUUGAUGAUAUUGAAUAUUUUUUGUAAUAAAGCAGUAACAACGUUUAUGCUGGCGUCCUAUACGUAGUACAAGUGCCAUGCUCAACCUUAAUGAGUGGCUUUCGAGUAUCAAGGGAUUUAUACAACCGACAGAAGCGAUGAAUCCCGAAUGACGGGAAACCGUGCAAUAGGUGAUUUACUGCAUACUUCUCACCUAGAACAAAAACACAAAAGACAGACAAACAGAAACCUCCUCCUUGUCAGUCC